CUGCCGUCUCAGAGGCUUGUGAGGUUUACGGCGCUUCACCUCGAUUAACUAAAAGUAUCAGUCGAAUUCAUAAACUUAAUCCUAUUCUAUACCUUGACCAAUAUUGUGAACUAUUGAAUUAUCUGAUCCUUGUCUGAUCUGCUUUCAACUUACUUCGUAUAUUUUAUUCCUUUAUACUUGUAAUGCUUUGUUGUCCCCUUUCGUGUGGCAAUGAGGCGGCUAUGGGCACUGGAGGCUGCUGUCAUGUCCAUAUAAGGAAACCCCACGUGCACCCUCCUCACCCACACAUAAAGACAAGACACCACAGUCACCACCAUCACGCCACGCGCAACAGAUAUGCGUACGGAAGAAGUGGCAAAGUGAGAAGUUGUUGUGUGGGCAGGAACAGCAACCGACGCAGCUCCUCCAGCUCACAGCUAGUGGAGUAUGCUGCAGCAUUGAAAACGAGGAGAAACUCAAUCAAAGACCCUGACGGCUCUUCUACAACGGAUACCCUGGAGUCUCGAGUGGGUAAGAUGGAACAGCAGCAGCAGCAGCGACAUGGAGUUGCAGUGGGAACCCCUCGGAGCAACAAGAGCAGGAGCAUGGUCGAUCCUAAUGUAGUAGUGGGUGGGGAUGAUAGAAGUAAAGCGAGUAGUGGCGAGUUGACUUUUGUAACUCAUGAUCUGAUGGUUCUGUGGCACCCUUUGGGCCAGAGUGCAAAACAGACCAAACAGUUCCUGACAAAUGCUGCCCAGAUCCUACAGCGCAAGUCAUCAAAUAUCAGGGCAAGAAUUCAUCACUGUCCGCUCAAAGCAGUUUUAGCUAUAGCAUACAUAGAUAUAGUGAACAUAUCAGCGAAGAAGAACUCAUUCCUAGCUUCUCGUUUUCCUCAGACCCUGGACAAUCUGUGGCCAGACGGGGUGUGUGUGUCAAUUGAACAGCUCGUCAGUCUCAUCCGGAAGCUGCAGCUGAUGCGAGUGGAGGCAGCCAAUCAGAAGAGAGCAGCCCUCGCCCUCAACAAAAACAGCCAGGCAUCCAACCCCAUCGUCAUAUACUGUCAUGGUGAGCGUGGGAAGGUGGUGUUGGUGCUGUUGUGUCUGCUGGAGAGUCUGGUCAAGUUCAAGGAGGUGGAGUGCUGGACUAAGCGAGAGAUAGAGGCCAUAGCCAAGUAUGUGGAGCCACUACACAACACACAACUAUGUCCCUCCUUCAGAAAGUACUGGUCGUACUUCCGCUUCAUCAUCUGGCGCCAGUUCGUGCCCCACCCCAAGGUGCUCUACCUCAACUUCAUCACGCUGAGGGGUGUGCCCAACAUCGAGGCGGAGAGUGGGUUCCAGGUCUACUUCAAGAUAUACAACAUCGCCACCCUCAAACUACAGUACAUAUCCGGCAUCUUUUUCAUUUCACACACUCUGGGAUCUGUGAGUCUGAAAGUGUUGCCCACUCAACCACUCGCAGGAGACGUCCUGAUCAGGUGCUACUUGACUCGGUCCAAGAGCAAACAGGAAGUGACCAAGUCAGCAGACGAGUUGUCCUCCAUGCCAGUGUCCAUAAUCAAGACACCCGCCACUCAGAGCCAGAGUGAAUUCAGUCUGGCCAACAACAAUGAAAACAGUGAGCAGAAGAGUACUGGGGGAGGAGGAGGUACAAGUGGUACUAUAGGGGGCAAUCAUCAUCCGGAGCAGCAGGAGUUGAUGUUCCAGGCGCAGUUCAACGCCAGUGCCAUCCAACCCCCAGUCGCAUCCUUCUCUAAAGACCAAUUGGACAAGGCUUGCAACGAUGACAGAUUUCCAAUGGACAGCUCAGUUGAGUUGGUCAUCUCAGAGUCACGUCAAUUCCAAUCAGGGGACGUUGACUUGGGGACAGUGUUACCAGCCUCCAACAGCCAACCCCCCUUGAGGAGUACAGAAAGUGUCAGGGAGAACUCAUUCGUGUCCACUGUUGAGGGUGAAUCGGACGUGCGACUUAGUGCGACUAGCGUAGGGUCCAUCUACAAAGCACAUCUUCAAAAAAAGGCCUUGCGUGAAUCAGAAGAACCCGCAGCGAGCGAGAAACCAUCAUCAGAACCUUCCAGAUCGUUUUUGGACCCCAAUUCAACCAAAACUGUUUCUGAGGCGAAGACAAAAGAAUUGGAUUUAAUAACUCAGAGCGACACCCACAGUUUCCAAAACAAUCUUCUGAACCCACAGCUCUUUCAACAACAACAGUCGCAACAACGGCGAUUACACCAAAAUAGCUCCAGUACUUUACCAAAAUUCUGUACUGUAGAAACCUCUUCUAUUACAAACACAGUUUCGUCAUUUACGCCAAACUUUAGUGGGAAUAAUAGUGUUUUUGACAGUGAGUCAAUAACAAGUUCGCUAGCCGCAAACCCGUUUAACCAAAACGUGAACGAGCACUCGCCAUUUGAUGCUAGCAAGUUCCCAUUACCUUCGCCGUCACAAACAGGCACGGAAACAGAUUUCACUGUGAACAACACGCCUUCGAGCAUUUACACAAACGCCUCGGGGAUUUUCCAAGACCCACAAAGUGAUUACGCGAACUUCAAUCAAAAUGACUGUUCAAAUCCUCUACAUGUCGCUAAUGAUCUAAAUCGCAGAAGUAAUGUGAGUAAUUCUGACAAAAGAUACGCGUUCCAAUUUGAUGAUUUUGACCUUGAUUUAUUGGAUAGCGAGGAUUUUCUAGCUGAUUUUAAGCCGGCUACCAGCGAAUCGGCCACAAAAUUUCCAAUUACUAGUCUUUCUGAAAGUGGAACUCGAGUUACGUUCUUAGAUCAGUACAAACCAGCCAAAAGUUUUUCCAACGACGCCUUACUAGACAGUUUUCCCCAAAAAGGAAGAGUAGAAAACUCUUGGAGGUCUGACAACGAACUACUAACCGAUUAUGAUGACCCUUCGAAACUCACAAUUGGGACAGACUUGGUUCCUUUUAAGGAACGAAGGAACUCCGAAGAUGCUUUAGAGAAAAACGAUCCAAUUGGUCAAAGGAGGGGUGCAUCGUUUUCAACCACAGCCAGAAAACGUUCGGGGAAAAAUUUCAGCAAAUCACAAGAUAACAUUUUGGGCCCGAGUAGAGAUAAGCAACUGAACGAACCGGUUCCUACAUUACAUAAAUUUCCCUCGGAGCAUUCGACGGAGGCGAGAACUCCCCACAGCGCAGCAUUUUCUUCAUCUUUCAACAACAAUUCGACGCUUUUUGAAUUUCCACUGGAAAUAGCUCCAACUAAUAGUACUGAGAGCCAACCGGCAGAACUGAGCCCGGCUCCUAAAUUUCCUCUACAAAUUAAUUUCAAUCAAAUUCUAGGGUUGGAACAGAAAGACUUGUUCGAAGACCACGAUUACUCAGUUCCGAAGAAAGAAUUAGAAAAGACUGUUAAAAUCCAAACCGUUGACUCAAAUUCCACGCAAGAAGAAAAACAAAAAGGUUCGCAAAUGUCACAUAUGAGAAGUUUCAGCGGCUCUUUCACUUCAACUCAAUACCCGGCUCAGUCUCAGCAGCAAAGCCAGUUCAACUACUCGGCGUGGGGCAUGCAGACCCCGUACGACAACCCAAACAAAGUCCAGAGUCCACAAACCCCCGGAUUCCCUAACAGUUUCAGUACACAAAAACAAAGUUCACAGAGUUCCUAUGGUAAAGCGGGAAUCAACCAAGGACCGAUUCCGUUCCGAGCAAACCAGAGACCAGCGCUUCCUGGAUCUACCGAUUUUCCAUCAUUUAAUUAUGGAAGAAACCGAAACAGAUUUCAGUUUAGUCCUAUUGAAUCCCAACCACCUGCUUAUGGAAAUGGAGAACAUUUAUUCACGUCUCCACCUUAUGUGAAAAACAAACCCACGCCUGUAUGGUCAACAAGUUCUCAAGAACCACAAAACAUUUCGGGUAGCUUUAAAUCACAGCAGACAAAUUCGACACUUUUGCAGACAUUCAGUCCUCCUGCGACUGUCGUGUCAAAAAUUACAGAAGACCGAACCAACGAAGCCAAUGACAGAUCGCAUAUAACAACUUUUCAUCGAAGCACUAGCUCAUUUGGAGAAAACUCGUCAACUCAGGGACAAACUAACAAUGCCAGUGCUUUUGUAAAUAGAAGUAGCCUUGGCAGCGCAACGGCUAGUCCCAACCAAGGAACUUUCCAACCCAAUGGUCCCACCAACCCUGGUUACAACUUCCAAACAUUCGAGUCGACAAAUGACUCAAAAAAGUUGCAACUACGAGAGCCGGAGAAAACCGAUGCUGCUCCGGAACAAGCAUCGAGUUUGUUUGAUAGGAUGGAAACUGAUUUCGCAAAAACUAACGGUAUGGAUAGAAUUUUGAUAAAAAAAGAGAAAACUGAACUGAUAAAACAAAAUGGGACCUCACAAAACAUUUCACAGACACAAAAAACUGAAAAACCUGCGCACCAAAAUUUUGAGCUGAAAAACCAUGCUACUGUUGAUGGAGGAAAAAAGAAAGCAGAAGAGUUGAAAGCAGACAUCAAACAUCAUUUUCUAGACGCGGCGCCCUCUACCGACCAACUGAAUAGAGUUGACAAGGGGCCACUGACAGAAGAUGAGAAGAAAAAGGUGCAGAUGUACGCAACACUACGCAAGUACAAACAGAGAUCCCAGAGUUUCUCUACAAGUGUGCCAAACAUCAGCAAGCACAUAUCCAGCGAGAGGCUAAACUGGAAAUCGACCGAUAAUUUAUCCGGAAAGGGGAGCGAGUCCGGACUUAAAGAUACUUUGGAUACUCUGAGGUCUUCUAUGAAGAACCUUUUGCAAGAUGGAGCGGAGUCCGGUCUUCAGACAAAAAAUAGCGCGACCCCUCCAAUCGAUUCUGGUGUCCGAAACAAUGGUCAAAAAUCUUCAACUUUAAUUUCAACUAAACGGGAUCCUGUGUUAAUUGAUCACGGAUUACGAGCUCAAGGAAGAACAAGAGCUCAAUCUGAAUCUGCCAAGAAGUCAACUGAAACCUUCUCUCAACUCGCUCCCGAAUUCAACUUACUGUCAUCUCAUCAAAGCUCAGACAUGCGCAAUGUCGAGGAGUGGAUAGACCGGAACUCCAUGAGCGAAUUGUCUCAAGCAGGAAUUUCGAAGAAAUCAGCUGCGUUCGAAGAGGUCGAAGAAGCUGAGAUCAAACGAGAAAACCAGAAACAACCUCAGAGAAGCGCGACAUUCUCGGCCGCGACUAGCAGUUCAAAUUAUCCGCUGCCACAUAAGGCAGUUACAGGUAACUUUGCCAUGGGAAACCAGCACAAUUUUGGUAACCGACAAGACGUGCUUACCUCGGAACGACCUCUAUCACCUCAGAGCACAAACUCCUUGAUGUCUGACUUUUCUCGGCCAUCCGAUCGAAUGAGCAGCCUCAGGCGACAGCCAGAGCCUAAUCAUCAACAAGAAACGAAUAUAGAAGUUUUCAGAGAACAAGAAUUGACAUCGGAUAACUUCCUGGGUAAUAGAUCCCUACAUAAGAGCAGAAUUACUGAAGCUUUUAGGAAUCCGUUUGGAGAAUUGACUGGGCACGGACACUCCACUACAAAGUCUCUCUAUUCAAGUCCCCCGAGCGAACGUGCGGAGAAAUCCCAGUUUCAAAGGUCGCAUUUCAACCAAGGCUUGAGUACACAGCCGAGAGAAUUUUCUCCAAAAAGUCACUCUUCUAGUCAAGAUUUAAAUCAGCUUUUCAACUCAAGGACUCCUCUCAGCAGUCUUAAUGUCGGCCUAGCUUCAAUGAAUUCAGCUGCAAGUGACUUUGCACCUCAACGAGAGUCUUCGGUAAGAUCUCCAGAUGGAGCAUUGGAUCAAAGAGCCAAUAACUUUGGCCCACCUCGUCACUACGGGAGCCUCCAUCGAGGAGCUACUCUACAAAACACCAGACUGUCUCGAGCGCCCCAGCAGGGCCUGACUGCAGACAGGUCAAAAAGUUUCAGCAGUAGCAGACAAAAUGGGUACCCGACAGCGCAUACCGAACAGAACAGCUCAGGAGUUGGACCUGGGACGAAAAUGUUCAACAGUUACAGUUCUCUGAAAAGAAGCAAGUCUGCGCAAGACAGAGCAGCCGAUUCAGCCACAUUGGCUCAGGAUACAUUCGACGCACAGGUGGCCGAACUGGAUAACAUGUGUGCGGAGCUACAGAAUGCUGUUUCCUCCAUGUUCCUAGAUCCUCCCAGUCAAGUUGAAGACAAAAAUAUUCAUGCUUCUCAACUGAAUACUUUUCUGGAUCAGCCACAAUUGGGCCACCGAAUGAAUGGGGGAGGGGGUCGACCGGCAAGUGGAGGACCACCUAACAGACCAUCUCUUCUGACCAGUCAGAGUCUGUCUAGAGGUUCCUCAACUGGACCGCCGGUCGCAUCCAGCGCCCACUACAACCACCAACGCACUCUUAGUCCCCCUUCUGCGACCAGCAGACUCCGACCAGGACUGUCACACGUCCUCCCUGAUGAUUCUACUCAGUCUCAGCUGCAGUGGCAGUCCGACGACUACACGAGCAGGUUCAACAGUCUUAACAGAAAUAGUGGUGGGGGGACAGAAACGACGGGACAGCAGGGGGGCACGAGGAACAGAAGCAUGUCCCAGAACAACGACAAGCUUUCACUAGGCCACAGGAGCAUUGAUCAUUUGUCUCCGAGUGAGUCAGAAGGUCAAUACUUCAAUGCCACGGACCUCGUUUCACCCCCGAGUAGUCCUCCCAGCUGGUAUAAGCCCUCAAUUGGGAGAGAAGAGGUGAUGCAACUACUCAGGGACCAGCCGAGUGGGAGCUUUCUGGUCAGAGACAGCAACACCUACCAGGGAUGCUAUGCACUGGCUAUCAAGGUAGAUCAUCCGCCUCCCGGGAAGCAGCUCACGUCUCCGGAUGAGCUAGUGCGACACUACCUGGUGGAGCGCAACAACAAGGGACUCAGGGUCAGAGGACACCAGGCGGAACAAUACUUUGAUGACUUGAAGGCUCUCAUUCACGAGCACAGCAUUUACCCAGUGUCGCUCCCAUGUCGCCUUCUACUGCCUCCCGAUGCACAGCCCAUUGCUUAUCCACAACAGCAGCAGCAGCAGUUCACUUUCGGUGCCUCUAACACAUUGCAACAGCGCCAGUCACGCAGCUCCGCCCCGCAGUCCAGACCCCCUGCAGUGACACGUAGGUCCACCAGCCUAGUCAGGGAUGCCUCCCCCGCAACCACACCCACUCAUACUCAACAGCAAGGCGUGAACACUAAUAUUUUCAUGCCCAUGCAGAGAAACACUGUGGCUUCUAUGUCCAACCAGUCUCUGGCUGUUCCUCCCAGACACGACAUAGACAACAUGUCCAUGGUCUCCUCAGUUUGUUCGUCCAUGACAUCGUUGCAGAACUCGGCUGCAUGUCUGGUGCUGUAUGUGUCGUACCAGACAGUGGAGGGACUGAGUGGGGAUGCUGCUCUGUCCAGGGGCAGUGUGGACCCAGAGGCAGUGCCAGACCCAGUCAUCCUCAAACUGAAGGUCAACCCCAGAGGAGUCACCCUCACAGACACCAAGAGGAGACUGUUCUUUCGCAAGCUGAUCCCGAUUGAAAACUUGCUGUAUUGUGCCAUUGACCCCCUGAAGAGAAGUCUGCGGGUAGUGCAGCAGCUGCCAGACAAAAACAGCCAACAGAUACACGAGAGAAGGUGCUUCGGAUUGGUGGCUCUGAGUGACAAAUCAGACGGAGGAGGAAAAGGCAAGGAGAACGAGGUCUGGAUUCUGGCAGAGUAUGAGCCAGACCAACCAGUGUCCGCGAUCGUCAACUUCACCUAUAAGACGAUAGUCUCCGCACUUCCGCCUCCUCCUCAAUAACUGUAUCAAAAACCACGCAACCCACAGUGUAACAUAGAAAUAUUCAAUCUAACUCUGUUUAAGCCUCAACUCAAACCAACGUCACUCCAAGACAUGAUCUGGUCGAGACAUGAUCUAUUUUGAUCUAAAAGAUCGGAUACUAUUCGUUUUAUACAGCAAUUGUGCAAUACAAUGACGAUAAAUCAAUUGAAAUUUUAAGUAGAGGC